AUCACAAAAAAAGCAGUCGCUGGUCACUAUGUCGACCAAACUGCGUAAUUAAUAAAUAAAAAAACGUUUUAGUAGUGUAAACAUAUUUUUUUUUGUCAGAAAGUUCAUUGUUCUUUUCUAAAAAUAGAUUCCUCAUCCUUAAUUACCCGAAAAUUAUAUAUAUCAUGCCCUAAUAGGUAUAAUAGUUUUAGAGAAAUGUUGCUUCAAGUGAAGCGCGGUAGCGUCGAAAUUCCCCUCCUCCCCUCACUAAAUAAGCGGUGACUCUCGAUGGCCCGCGGUCUUAAUCUGCUCAAGAACAGCUAAGAAACAUCUGUGCCAAGUUUCAGCGCAUAGUCACAAAGUGCAAGGUUCCCAUACAACAGCGUGCACUAUCAAACCAGCUAUGUAGGAUAGAAUAGAAACAGGAACAGGGGGCCUAGCCGAAACGCAUUUCGAAAAAAGAUAUCGCUAACGAAUCGAUAAAAAAUGUAUGGGAAUGACAGGUACCGUAGAUGAGUCUGUCGAAAAAUAUUAACGAAUACAAAAAUGUUAGCCAAGUUGCAAUGUUGUAACGAAACGCAAAACAUUCGUUACCGGAAUUCGAUAUCUGCCAUACAUUGUCUAGCCAAGUGACACUUUUGACAAUCGAAAUGGAUUCGUUAUCGCCUCCUAGGUGUCAACACGUAGCGAGAGCUAUCCCGUUGGAGAUAACUAAGCGAAGUACAGAAAAAGGCCGCAUAACAAGUGAUUGUAAUUUUAUUGUGAAGUAAAAUGCACAGUUUAAGAUUAUUGUGGGCGGCUCACAACGCAGAAGUUUUGCGGAGACGCAGGCGCCGUCAGCAAAAUCGCCUCCGGUUAGAAACAGUAGAGAAGAUGCCGGAAUUGUUGUUCAUUCAACAAUUCCGGCUUAGCAAAUCUGUUUUUAAACAACUGUGUUCAGACCUGCGUACCCAGACCAGACUUCGUGGCACACGUGAAAUCCCUUUAGAAAUAAAGGUUUUAUGUGCGCUUAGCUUUUACGCCACGGGGUCUGACCAACGGAUUGUGGGUCUAACCCAGCAUUUAACUCAACGAACCGCAAGCCGUUGCAUUCGUCAGGUGACCAACGCACUGAACUGCGAAAACAUCAGUGAUAAGUGGAUUGUGUUUCCACAAACACAGCAAGAGCGAACCGUAUUAACACAAGAGUUUCAAAGGAGAUUUAGGUUACCAGGGAUUAUUGGAGCAAUCGAUUGUACCCAUGUGGCUACUGCCAAGCCAGACACACAGGAGCAUUUAUUUUUUAACAGAAAAGGGUACCAUUCUCUAAAUGUGCAAAUGAUUUGUGAUCAUGAAUUAAUAAUUAGAAACAUCAAUCCAAAAUUUGGAGGGGCUACGCAUGAUGCCCACAUUUGGGCAUCUAGUAUUAUUGAGCCCUACAUGCGAGGACUGCAUCAGAAUGGAGAGCAAGUUUGGUUACUAGGCGACUCAGGAUAUCCCUUGAGGCCUUGGGUAAUGACGCCAGUGCUAAAUGCUGCUCCAGGCUCAAGAGAAGAGACGUAUACAAAAAGACACGUACGAGCUCGCAACUGCAUUGAGCGUUGCUUUGGGCUCUUAAAAUCGCGCUGGAGGUGCCUGAAUAAAAAACGAACACUAAAUUACCAACCAUAUGUCGCCAGCCAAAUUACACUAGCGUGCUGUGUCUUGCAUAAUAUUGCCAUUAUUGCAAACCUUCCGCCGCCAAACGAUGGGUCAGACAUUGAGAAUGAUGGGGACGACCAUAGCUCGUCUGUAACUGCCAGCCUCAAUGUCAGCGGUCAAAAUGAUCUGCUCAGGGGUCGAGCGGUAUUAAAUAAUUUGAUAAGUAGAUUAUAGGGUUCCCCAUUAAAUAACAAACAUAUCUGUAACCAUAGAUUUAUAAGGCAUAGAUACCUAGUCCGUAUACCCCCAGUGAAGCCAUUUCAAGUUUCUGUAAUGUUCGUUUCAGUUUUCUGACUGAUCUGCUUCUGUCUGCGAGAUGGAAGGACAAAAUUAGACUAAAUCGGAAUGACGCAAUAUGGAAACAUUGGAAACCGACUAAACACAGUCGAAUAUGCUCUGUCCUAUUUAAAUUUAUUCUUAUUAUUUUAUCCACAUUUGUUAAAAAAAAAAUAGUAAAAACUUAUCAGGUAUUUAUUCUUAUUUCACAAAGUACAGAAAUGCAAUGAAUGCCAAAAUAAACAAAAAGCUUUUGCUACAAAAUCGAAUCUACACACUUCCAAAUUAUUAAUAACCAUUAUUAUCGAUUACAGAAAUAGAAGACUGCUUAUAGACAGCUUAACAACUCUCAAUGUCUGACCCAUCGUAUUAUAACCAAGUCUGGAUGUUGUUAAAAUUCCCCUACUUUGAGAGAAGUAAAUGAAUACUGGCAACAUAUUUUGUAAUUUGUAUAUAUGUGUGUGUGUUUGCUGCGCGUAAAACACGAGCGUCGUACGCUCACAUCCAUCGUGUUUCGGCUUCACUUUUGGCAGGUUAACCGUAUGGGGACUAUCUGUGCGUUAUGAGUCUGUAUUACCUUCAUUAACAAAACACAAUUAACAUGUGACAAUUUUCUUCGUAUCCGAAAUGAAAAGUAUAGUGUUUAACUCGGGCGAAAAGCACCCAUUCUUACUCGAAGUAUUGGCGCUCUAACUUCGUUCAACCGCCGAAAUACCUCGUCAGAAAUGGGUGCCUUCCAUCCCUUCUACUAUUAGUGCCUUUACUUGCGCGUACCAGGGUAACUAACUCGGAGUUAACCGUUUAUACAGUACCUACAAUUUAAUCCUGAUUAAACGGUUAACUCCGCGUUAGUUGGCUAACCCUGUUACGCGCAAGUGACCCUGACUGUAGGUAGGUAUGUAUUAAUAUUAGUUUUUACUUUAAGAUAGACGAGGUACGUAGAUUUUUUGAUGUAAAAUAAAAAUACAAAUUAUGU